GGCCGAUGUCUCAAAAUGACAAGGGAUUUGGAACUCAUCCAACGUGGGUUUGAAGCUCCUGAUGUUUUAUAACCACAUUUCUCUUUGUAAAUGUACCGUUUCUUUGUCGAGCGUCCGGCUGUCGUUAGACACACGAGAAUCUGGGUACAUGACUCAAUGAGGCCUGGUCUUUCACAUCCCAUCUUCCGGAAUGAAGCGAAAGUUCUUCUAAGAGUAGUUCAAUCCACGAAGUCGACGCGAUCUAACUUUAUAUAUUGCCCUCAUGUCUAACAUCUCCCAUCAAAACUUCUUCUCCAAUAUUCAUUGCAGUUAGUCACUAUCCAGCGGCAUCAAGAUGAAACCCAAUCCCGGAGCCGGCAGUCAAGGAGGACAGGGCCUUCGACCCAGACCUUCCGGAUCCAUACCUACGACUCCCUUUCAAGAACUAGCGGUCCAUAACACCCCUUCAGCAACUUCAUCUACAUGUAUCUUCAAUCGAUUGAACAUGCCUCCAAAGCAGUCUCCCCAGCUAGGCGCCAUGUCUACCACGACGCUCCCCGCGUCGCCUCCCACUGGUUCUCUUAACUUGUCCAGCUUCUCUAGGGAAAACAGCCCAUUCACUGCAGGCAACUUCGGCCAGCAAUUCCAUGCCAACCCGCAAGUCUUCGACUCCAUCGAUAGAGUACAGUCGGAACCCAGACCGCUGGCCAACCCGUUCGGGAUUGAAGGCUCUGACUUCCGUAAUGCCCUCCCUGGCACACAGACAGCCAACGCAAACGCAAAAUACAAGAACAGAGUGGACGCCGAGGUCACCAAGCUCCAACGCAUGCAGCAGAGACUAGCGCACGAAAUCCAACUCCACCAGCAGCGGGAAGACAACAGCCAGCGCCAGCGCCAGCCCGCGAUUGCCAGAGAAUGGUGGAAAAAGGAGAGCGCCGCGAGGAUCCGCCUCGCCAAAGAAGUCGGCAGGCUUCGGGAAGAGUAUGCGAGCCUUAAGGCCGAGCUCGACGACGCCAGAGAGGUGAUCCGGAUCUACAACGGGCAGCAGGUGCAGAAGCAGGAUCAGUUACGGUACCAUCAGUACAUUCAAAAGUCGUCCGUCUGGCAGCACUGCCUCCGAGACGUCUUCACCAGUCUCAGCAGUCUCAAUAUCGAUAUCGAUAUGCCGGAUGAUGGUGACGAAUUUCGGGAUAUUCUUGUUGCGGUCAUUCCCAUGCUUACGAAACAUUAUGAUUCGAUUGUGGGGAUCAACGAGUUCAUCGAUCAAGCCAAGCCUGGAGAGACGUACUGUUUCAACCACACCAUUAGCAGGUUUAGACCUGGCGACGAGUUUCCACCUUUUGAGCCUUCCUCUUGCCCAACUUGUUCCAAGCAAGAUGAUGAAUCGUGUUUCGAGAUUGAUUGCCUUCCUCGCUCUGCGGGCGAGAGGAAGACUUUCAACUUCCCUUCGGUACAAGACCUGAAGCCCUGGGUACCUUAGAUCGAAUACUGUGACUGGGACAGCGGGUUGCUGGGAGGUAGAAAGUAAAAGUCUUAUUUUUGAAGGUCUCGAGUUCGGAUUCCCCUUGUGAAAGAUAUCAUUGAACGGACUCCACGCAGUGCGUAUCGUUGAACAAGGUUACCAGAUCUCGUAGAAAUAAGGUACGCGGGUUUUACCCACAUUUAAAAAGAGAGGUUUGAAAUGAUUCAGUCCG